AACGGCUUUGGUAACCCUUUCUUUAAACUACGAGUUUGCUAGUCUAACGUUUAAGUCCUUGCCGAAAUUGCUAAUUUAGUGUUAACAUUAACGCUAAUGUUACUUUAUACAACUAUGUUAGGGGUGGUUCAUUUUUAGAGCGUAUGAAUAUGCUAACAAGCCCGCUGUUGGACAGCUGCAUGUAACCUAAUUCCUAGCACUCCAGAGUAAUGUCAUCCAAGAAGUCAGGUUUCAGUGGGGAAGGCUUGCCUUCCAGCAGAUAUGGGGAGCGUACCCCUCUGCGAAGUCUGGAGAAUGAAAUGCUAAACCUGUCAACUUCAUCAUCUAGGCUGAAAUCAAAAUCACUCUCAAGUACUGAUGUGGAAAUGACAAAAGGCAAUGUUUGUUGUGACUCAGAGCCACACUUGAACUCUUAUCCAUUCACCGAAUUUAUAACAAAUGAUAUGACAACUGCUGAGACAGCUUGUGGACUUGGAGAUGUAACAUUGAAAUCCUUCAUCUGUGCUGGUGGUGAGGUUGAGAUUUCAGCCUCUUCAGUGUGUGCAGAAGAAAGCAUUGUUUUGCCUAAGGAUCAAACUGUUCAAAACAUGUGUGAAACAGAAGAUGCAGUCACUUCUGACAAUAUGGUAAUGCAUUCAUGCAGUGACCACGUAGAACAUCCUUAUUUCAAUCCUGACAUGAAAGAUGCUUCCUCAGUUGACCAGUUAAUUGGUGCCACAUACUUCAGUAAAGAUCCCAGCACUACCCUGGGCUCUGGUUACCUGGCUGAUAAAUGUGUCACGCAAGAUUCAGGAGAGAAUGGAUCAGAAAAGCCUGCUAACGGACUGAGUGAUUUAACCUUUAAAUCAUUUAACUGCACAGGCGGUGAGAUUGAAAUUUCAGAUGGCACCCGACUUGCUGAUGAGACUGUUCCUCUGCCUGCCAACCACAUUCUGACCAGCACGGAGUCAAACAGUUAUGAUGUAGACCCAAGUAAUUUAACUGGUGACCAUGAAGUACAAAAUGGUAGUGAUCAUUUAGAUCAUCCAUAUUGUAAUAUUGAAAGUUAUUCAUCAGCUCCAAAUGGAAACUCAUCCACUUCCCAGGAACAGUUGCUAUGCAGCAUUGAGGCUAUGGAUGAGGCUAAACAGGCUAGCUUUGUGGUAGCUGAUAGCCAUAUUGGCAGACAAGAAGCUGUUACAUUUGGCUCUUUCAACAGAGCAGGGGAUGAGAUCAAAAACCCGAUGAUGAAGAAGGCCUCCCCUCUUCCUCAGGACCAGUCUGUGAUUUGUCAGCCCCUGGAAAACAACACUGUACAUACUUCUGUUACACAGGAGCACAUCCAAGAUGACUAUGUACAACUUAACUGCCACAUGGGAGUUAAACUCGUAGAUUCUCACCCAUCAGCUUUCAGUACAGUUUCAUUGAGUAACACAUCCUUGAAGGCCUUGAAUAAUGAAUUUGUUAAAUGUCAAGUGCAAGAAACAUUAAAGCACCCAAUCCAUUCUGAGGAUAGUGCAUUGCCUUCAGUGCCUCAAGAAACGGUGUCUUCUGAUUCCAGCCAACCCGUUGCUUUAGCAGGGACUCCCACAUCAGUGGAAGUGCAGCAGCAUUAUCUGGAACUUGUCCCUCGAGAUUUUUCCAGCAGUGAAUCCAGUAAGACAAAAGACAGUGCCCUUGGCUCAUCUGGAGAUAGACCUGUUCUUUGUAACUUUGCAGAAAAACUUUGUGCAGAGAAUUUGACUGAUGCUUUUAAAGUGCUAUCAGAGUGUCCCUCAGUAGCAUCAGCUUUGCAGGUUGGACUCCUCACUCCAGUUAUGAGGAGAAUCUCUCUAGCCACUUUAAAGACUCCCAGGGUUCCCAAUGUGGACCAGUUUUUUGAUGACUCCGCUCUUGAGGGUGAAAAGAGCUUAAUGGCUCCUCUUAAUUUUGACCCUGCUGGGUUAUGGGCAGAACCACUGGACAGCCCAUUGUCUUGUCCUCUGUUCAAUUCUACAGCAAUAGGUCACAAGCCUCAGUUUGGCCCAGUCACUGAGCAAGUUGAAGGUGAGAGUGGGAAGCCCUGUGCUGUGUCUCUGUCUGAAGUAGAAAAGCCGGCUCUGGAUACUCCAUUGAUUCCAGAUGGAUCCCUUCAGCAGCAGCUCCGGCAGAUGGCAGAGUUCCUCAUCUUGGCAUCUGGAAAGAUGGGUCUGACUGCUAGCUCUGCUCCUGUUCCACUUCCUCCUGCCAUCAUGGUCUCAUCAGCACAAGCUACUCCUGUAGAAUCUCACAGUGUUUGUGUGGGCACCACCACCCUGAAACUAAAAGACCACAGCGUUAAUACAUCUGGCAUAUUUCAGAGAAAGAGGGAUUUCUGUGUCGUCGAUUCCUGCACUCUUACUGACCCUCUCCUGUGGAAUGUACCUCCCGGCAGCUUAGAGUGUCUCCCCAGGCUAGAGUUGGAGCAGAGGUUAAGGUCUAGCAUGAUCAUGGUGGAGGCCCUAGUGCAGCAGUUGGCUGCAGCCAGAGCACAUGGAUAUCCUUCAAUGGGCCCUGCACCUUCAGAUCUCAGGGAGAAACUAGUGCAGACAGACCACACUGAACUCAGUCAGACCACAAUAUAUCGAAAUCUUUACAUGGAGGCAAUGAGCCGCAUUAGUGAGUUGGAGCUGGAUGGAAGUUCUUUGCAGAACCUCAUUCAUUGUAUGCAGAACAUGAGGGGCACAAUGACUUCUGUGAGUAGUGACAUGGAUGCUGCUCUCUCUAACAUGAAGCAAAUUGGAGAUAUUGUCAGAGAGGACCAUCAAAGCCUUGUUUCACAUCAUAGUCAGAUGAAGUGUCUAUUUGAGAAAACCAAGGCGAUACAAACCAGAAUGAUGCAGAAGGUCAAAGAUGCUCUUCACCAAAGAAAUGACAUGAGGAUGCAGAUGGAGGGAGCCUUCACAGACAAGGAGGCGGCCCUCAGUGCAAUGGAAAAACUGAGGACGCAUUGUUCCACAGAAAUCUCAAAGCUAGAAAAGUGUGUGGGGUCUCAGCAAGAACUCUUGGCUGUCCUAAACCAGGUUUACCCACAACAGGUUGCAUUAAACCAGGCCAAUAGUGAAACGCUGAACUCUGCCUCUGAUCUUUUGUCCCAGACUAUAGAGGAACAAUCCAGUUUGAUGAAAGAACUAUGCACAGCCAGAGGCUUUCUGCAGAAAACGGUUCCCAUGCUUCUGAAGCUGAAUGAGAGGGCAGCGGCUGCUUUGAGAGAAAGAGCUGAGCAUAUUUCUGCAAGAGAUCAAGCUGUUGAAGAGAGCGAGCAGACCAAAGAAGAAUUGAACCAAGCUAAUUUGGAUCUCCAAACUGCCAGAGAACAGAUUGGUGAUUUGAAUCUGCAGGUGACAAUUCUGACCUCAGAGAUGGGUGUGCUGCGCAAGAAGCUAACAGAAAGAGAAGAAGAGAGGGGUCAGCUGGAGAGGAAGGUGACAGAGUUGUCUGCUACAGUUUCCUCCACAUUAGCCUCCUACGCUUUCCUGGAGCAGGCCUUUGCUGCCGAGACUACCAAGUUGCAGCAGUCAUGGAAGGACAUCCAGCAAGCCAAGGACAGAGUCAAUGUGUUGGAGAUGUCACUAGGUCAAUCAGAGCAGCGUGUGUGUGAGUUGAGUCAGGCUCUGUUGCAGAGUGAGGAACAGCUGAGUCAGUUGCAGACCCUCUCACAAACUCAGAGAAGAGAGAUCCAGCAGCUCCAAGAUGUCUGUGCACAACUCAGUGGUGUACGGGAAAUGAACGAGUUCUUACAGAUGGAGAAUGAGUUGGCGAGGGAGCAAGUGGCUGAAAGUGAGUGUCUUCUGAGGGCCAACCUGCAGGGGCUCCGUGAAAGAAACAUCCAGUGUGAAGAUCUGAAAGGCGAACUUAGUCAACUUCAGCUUGAGAACAAAGGUUUGCAGGAGCAGCUGGAAACCACAAGGUCUAGAGCUGGCGCAGCCCAGCUGGAGCUCAGGGAGAAGCUGGUUGAGGCAGGCACUGAUAUCACUUUGCUGCAUCACAGACUGCGAGGACUGACCGAUGAGCUGCAUGCAGCUCUUAAUGUCCAGAAAAGAGAGACACUGAAGGAUAAAGAGUGCCAACCAGUCCACACCUUGGAAUAUUGUCAGCCCUCUAGCUCGUUUGUUGACAGUAUCGUGGUUGCAUUAACCGCUGAGAAAGAGGAAGUCAUCAAACCGGAGACGCCGCCUGAUCCAGUCCACUCAGGGGCGCCUGAGCCACACCGUGAACCUUUGUUCAGUGAGACGAGCGCCUUCACACGCAUCACAGCCGUCACCCCUAAAAAGAAUUUAGACACGACGUUUGAGCCAGAAGAGGAUGAGCGGAGCAGUGUGGUGAAGCUGCUGGCUGACCUGGGCAGCACCGUCACUGAGCUGGUCAGUGCCCUGAAGAUGGUCCUACAGCGUAAAGACGCUCAGCUGGAGGAACUGAGCAAUACCAUCUGUGGCCUGCAGGGGGAGCAGCAGACUGCAAAGAGCAAACAUGAGGCAGAAGUGUUUGAGCUUAAGCAUCAACUUCACCAUCUAAACAGCCUGGCUGAGAAAGGUAACCAGGCGCUGCAGCAGAAGGCUCUGGAUGAUAAAAUUGUGACGGAGUUGACAGCAGAAAUACAAGAGGCCCGCGAACUUCUAAAUAAACACAAGACUGACAAUAACGAACUUCGGAAGGAGGCGGUUGAGCUACACCGUUCUCUCCAGCAGUUGAAGGUGGAGUCCCAGUGCCUGCGUGAGGAGUUGAAAAAAGCUGGUGGCCAGUCAGCUAAACCAGCACAUUUCAUGGAAGAGAAAAUCCAGCUAUUGACAGAAGUUGAGAGACUGAAGGUGGGUCUUCAGGAGGCAGAACAGGCCAGAGUGAAACUCCUUGAAAGAGCAAAGAGACAUCAAAUGAUCCAUCAGACCAACCAGCAGAAAAGUGAGAAUGAGCUUCAGAUGUUAAACAACAUGAUCAAUAAAGUUAGAGAGACUCUGCUGUCUUUGCCAGAGGUUGUGGAGAAUUGUGAACAACUGCAACAGCUUGUCAAUUACAUCGGCUGACACAUUUGCUGUUGUCACCUGUGACCAUUGUAUUUAUGUCCGUGUUGUUUUAGUUUGUCCUGGAUAUAUGUUUUUUAUUUUUAGAAUGAUGAAAUAUAAAUGUUUUAAAUCUUAUGAGUUGUCUUUAUUACUUUUUGACAGCACAAAGUCAUACAAUUAUCAUCUUAGUCUUAAUAGCAGCGCAUGACUGCAGUCGUGUUUGAAUUCACUUAGUUGAAUACCCAGCUAGAUGUGUUCUGUGCCACACUAGGUGCAGAUUAAAACAUCUGUGCCAAGUUUUGGCAGUCAGACUAUUUUUCUGCCAGCUAACAAAGCAUUUAGUUUGAUCUUUGUGCCUUGUUUUACGAUUUAGUUCUGUAAUAUAUUUAUAUGCUGUGCUAUAUGAGCACGAGUGCACUAGUUGUAAGCCAUCAGUUGGUUUGUGAAACCAACACUGAUACUUCAGCCACGUACCUUUCAAAUUUUUAUGUUUGGUUGUGAUAAACAAUGUUAUACACCUUUUGUUCAGAAAAUUGUUUUUCUAAAAAUGGUGUGUGUUGGGGGGAAUUAAACCCUUUCAAAGA